AUGAGAGACCUUUGGAUCAACGAGAAAAAACCCGUCGUUGAGGUGGAUUACGAAGAAUUAGCACGGAAAAGAACACAACCCAAUGUGGUUCUGCAGUCUCAGGUUGGACUGAAAAACGUUUUUGAUGGAUUGUUAUUGAGGCGACAAAAAGGAAGCGGAUCCGCAGGGAGUGUUGAUCUAUCACCUAUUGAAAUUGAGGAGGAAUUAAAAUUUACGAGAAUGAUUGGAAUAUUGAGAAUUGAUUUUGAAAAGCCAGCUCAUCAACGAUAUUUCAACCUGAUGGAAAAAGCAUACACAAUCAUUCGGAGAGAGUUUUCAAAUCGUGCUUUAAGCAUUUUAGAGGUGCCAGCUGAUUACGUGAAGCUUCUUCGAGAACCCUUCAGAAAUGAAAGAAAAAGCCCAUUCUAUCGCAUUCAUUCAUCGGGUCCCAAUGUAAAACUAUUAAUUGAAAUUUUAAAGAACCUUGGAUUUGAGGACAAGGACGAAGAUGAGCCAUCCUUGAUACUUUUGCAUUGUUGGAAAUCCAAUACAAAUGAAAACAUGAUUUCAUGCAGAGGACCUUGUUUGAAGGAAUUGGAAGCUAUGGAUUGUUUAACGGACGAAAACUCUCAAACGAUGAUCGAGCCAGUCAUAAGCAUGUUUCAGGAGUGGAGAAACAUUCUUGGUGAUCGAGUUGAAUACAAAAAAAUUGAGGGAACCGUCGAGGAUCAAAUUGAGCAUAAUGUCAAAACUCUCUUCAAAACACGAACACUCGUUACGAGAGAUAGAAAGGAAUAUGACGCCAUGGAGAUUUUGAAAAAUAAGCCAAUCAUUGGUUUAGUGUUUGCACCCUCAUGGUGCGUUGGCAUAAAAUUGCAAAAUCAGCAGGAAUAUAUCGAGAAAGUCGUAAAUUUUCACUAUGAAACAAAAGAAGUGUAUGGAUUGGAUUCUUUCGAGAUGAUUAUGGUGGAUGGAGAACAAAGUGAGGGUCGUCUGUUUGACUAUAUGAAAAAGAAACAAAUGGGUUUUCUGGUUGUCCCUUACACAAACGUAAAAGCAAAACUAUCUCUCUCCAACCUGUUCAACCCAAAUAAUUCAGUUCCUCGAACCUACAUUGUAAAUCUAAGAAAAGGCGUGAUUCUAAAUGAGUUUAUACAUCAGCAUAAUGUGGGUCUAUUGGAAGAUUGUUCUAUAUAUAUGGAAUGGAUAAAGGAUUUGCGAGCUUACUAG